UCAUUACUUCCCACUCAUCAAAAACCAAUAUUUCUUCUUUCAUUCCAUCAAAUACACAAUUCUCCAAAUUCCCUAUGGAUCCCUUUGAGAGUAUUGAUCAUAUAGAAGAUGAAGAUUAUUUUGAUCACGAGGAGUAUAUGAUACAAGCAAUGGCCCUACAUAGACAACAACAUGCAGUCGAGGGAGCAUCUGCUUCACGUCGUCGUAAUUCUCAACCUCGUAUGUUCAUCCGACGUAAUCCAUUGGAAGGUCAUGAGCGCCUUUGGAAUGAUUACUUUGCUGAGCCGUCAAUAUAUCCGCCAAACGUAUUUAGGAGGAGGUUUCGAAUGCAUCGUAAUCUUUUUUUACGCAUACAUUCUGCAGUUGAAGCUCACGAUGAUUAUUUUGUCCAAAAAAGAGACGCCAGUGGGAGACUUGGAUUGUCCUCCCUUCAAAAGAUAACUGCAGCAAUUAGGAUGCUUGCAUAUGGGGUUACGGCAGAUCUUAUGGACGAGUAUGUAAGAAUUGGAGAAAGCACCGCACGGUUGAGUAUGAAGAAAUUUGUAAAGGCGAUCGUGUCAAUUUUUGGGGGUGAGUACUUGAGGUCUCCAACCAAUAGUGAUAUAACGAGGUUACUAGAAGUCGGACAAAACCGUGGGUUUCCAGGAAUGUUGGGUAGCAUUGAUUGCAUGCACUGGAAAUGGAAGAACUGUCCUAGUGCUUGGAAAGGUAUGUACUCUGGUCAUGUAAAUGAACCAACUAUUAUUUUGGAGGCUGUUGCAUCUUAUGAUCUUUGGAUAUGGCAUGCUUUUUUUGGUUUGCCUGGGUCUCAUAAUGACAUCAAUGUACUCGAUCGAUCUUCUGUUUUUGCCACGUUGGCCGAAGGUCAUGCUCCUCCGUGCAACUACACAAUCAAUGCCUUCGGAGUACUCCAAGCUAGAUUUGCAAUUGUGCGUGGACCUGCUAGGUAUUUUCAGCCCCGAGUUCUAAAAGACAUUAUGUACACAUGCAUUAUCUUGCACAAUAUGAUCGUUGAAGAUGAGCGUCAUCAAUAUCUCGGGGCUGACCAGUUUAUUUACGAAUCCAAUGAUGAUACUCCACAUGAGCCAAUUUCACGCGAUAAUAUACCUGAAUUCAUGGAGUUCAUUGCGCAACAUCAUCGAAUUAGAGAUAGAGGCACUCAUUCUCAACUCCAAGCUGACCUUAUCGAGCAUUUAUGGAAUUUGCAUGGCCGCUCAUAAUUUACGAGUUAUGAAGUUUAUUGCCGUUGUUUAUUGUUUAUGAUUAUUAAAUAAGUUUAUUAGUUAUGAUGUGUCGUUGUUUAUUAUUUUAAAGCUUUUUAUUGGAAUAUUAUUUUAAAGCUUUUU